CUCUUGUCCAAUGGACGAGGGCGCACCAACGUUCCAUCCGGUCCGUGGAAGUAACAAGCGAGGCAGAGAGAGAGAGAGGCGCGCCGUGAAAGCCCCAGUCCAAUCCCCUCAUCAUCCUCGCAUGGAGCGUGGAGCGUSAAGACGUCGUUGAGAAGAGAGAAAGAGAGUUCCAAGUUCCACUUCUAGCGCGCAGGAACUUUUGGUUCUCAAAGUCCUUGCGAGAGAAAAUAGACUAUUUCUCUAAAUGAUGAGCAAAGUGGACGCGCCAUGCAGGCCGACUGCCGCGUCUCUCAAAUUCACCAUAGACAAUAUUCUGAAUCUGCAGACAAACUCGAGCGGUAACGGUAGGAAGACAGUUGACAGCUGUCAUUCCGGUAGCAGGCUACAGAAUAGCACGGGACUGUACUGGUUCGAUGACCAUCAACGGAGAAUGGACCCCGCGACAAGGCUACAUGAUGCAGAGCCGGAUAACGACUGUAGCCCAACCGGAGGACCCAAGGCCGUCGCUAUCACCCGGGAAGACUCGUUACAGAUCACCGACAAUUGCUUCGAAAGCGGAGACAGCGGCGACGACUGCUCCKCGACGCAUCACACCGGGGACGGUGAUAGCGGCGGCAAGAAAAAACAACUGACAACCAAGAAAAAAACUCGCACCAUCUUCUCCAAGAGACAGAUCUUUCAGUUGGAAUCUACUUUCGAUAUGAWGCGGUACCUUAGCAGCGCCGAGCGCGCAUGCCUCGCCAGUUCUCUCCRGUUAACGGAAACGCAGGUCAAAAUCUGGUUCCAGAAUCGAAGGAAUAAAUUGAAAAGACAGAUUUCAUCCGCGCUAGAUGGGUCCAGCGGGGAUUUCUCCGACGCGGGUCCGGGGAAGGCUAUGCAGCUCCCGGCCUUGUACAAAGACAGUAACCUGCUAGGAAGAUGUUUGAUGCCGAUACCCCUGCCCAUCGUAUACCCUGGCAGUACCACGCCUUAUUUAUGUUUUUCCAAUGCCAGCAAGUACUUUAGUCUAUUCGAAGGAGACGUUGUCCUGUAGACAAGGCCGAGUCUGUUUAAAGGAGAGGUUGUCCUAUUUAGACUUGGCCUAGUCUGUUCGAAGGAGGCGUAGAGUUGGGCCAAAUACUUUUCUGCAUCAUCGCCAUAUAGACACUGUUUACAAGGUGGAUAUAUCAUGCCAAUUUCAGCUUCCGCAUUUAGCGAUUUUUUUCCCGUCAUCAUCUUGGUAAAAACGUAAGGUCGUGUCUGGCCCAUGUAGGCCUUUAAAGGCGACUUGUAAGGAUAGCCGGUUGACCUAAGGCCUAGCUUAAACCUACUUGUCACAUCGAUAGCCUGUUGACCUAAGGCCUAGCUCAACCCUACUUGUCACAUCGAUAGCCUGUUGACCUAAGGCCUAACUCAAGCCUACUUGUCACAUCGAUAGCCUGUUGACCUAAGGC